AUCCUACAAGAAGGAGUGGAAAGCGCCCAGCGACGCCUCUUCAUCGAAGCCUUUGUUUCGACGGGCAGAGUGGAUAACAUUACCAUGGUGAUGGGACUACACCCAGAGUACCUGACGAGCUUCUGGAAGACUCAGUACCUCUUGUUGAGGAUGGAUGGGCCACUGCCGUAUCACAAGCGCCACUACAUCGCAAUCAUGGCAGCUGCCAGGCAUCACUGUUCCUACCUGGUUGGCUUCCACAUGGGAGAGUUUCUGCAGGUCGGAGGGGACCCAGCCUGGCUGCGAGGUUUGCAGUAUGCUCCGCAGAAACUCAGGAACCUGAAUGAAAUCAACAAGAUCCUAGCUCACCGGCCUUGGCUGAUCACUAAGGAGCACAUUGAAGUGAGUGCCAAACUUGGUGGAAA